AUGGAGGCAGAGGGGCGGAUGGGUGCUCGCGCUCACUGGAGCCACGCUUAUUGCGUGGAUGGACAGAGUCGUGAGGUCGAGGGCGAGUUCCUCAUUGUGACUGCCUCCUUCGCCGUGUCCGAGUUCCUCCUCUUCCUCCUCCUACUCCGCCUCUCCCCGGCGCGGAUAUACGCCCUUCGUCCCCCACCCGGCCGCUCCCCUUCCCUUCCCCUAACACCGCACGUAACCCCCUUCCCGACGACACGGCGCGGUCCGCGCGAGCGUCCGCCUCUUGCACCGCUGUUCACGACGCCGAUCCCCACGCCGGUGUCCACCGCCGACGUCGUCUCCCCCACCGAGGGGGAGCCUCGGAGCUACGGUGCCAUGUCAAUCGCGACGAGCAUAACCUCCUUCGGGCCAGCGACGGUGCGCUCACCCCGCUGGGACGGGGGCGACCUACCCAGUCCCCGGGUAUGGGAAACGGAAGACGAGGGCACCAACGCCGACUACUAUGAUGUCGAAGCGGGCGAUACGGGGUAUGAGACCGACGACUCGGACAGCACGUCGACCGUGUCAGACAGCAGCAUUAUUGACCUUCCCCCACCACGUCCACUACAACCCGUCACGCUGGAUUCGGGACUCGCUGAGCUCGCCGGCGUGGUCGAGGCCGCUGCUGGGGUCGUUCGGCGCUCGGCUAGCGCAAGGUUUGGUCGCAGCGCUGAGGCCGCAGAUGGGUACGGGACGUUUUCGCGAUAA